AUGUUGUAUGACGUUAUCAUUGAGCCGAUUGGUGAUCUGAUCAAUGGCGAUGAAAUUAUCUUUGUUCCCGAGAGUUCAUUGUGGUCUGUCCCUUUUGCUGCAUUGAUGGAUCCCGAGUCAAAUUAUUUGUGUGACUCUUUCCGAGUUCGAAUGACUCCAUCCCUGACUACUUUGAAGUUGAUAAACGAUUACCCAGACGACUUCCACAAUAAGAAAAGUGCUUUACUUGUGGGUGAUCCAUGUUUAGAGGGGGUUCUUUACGAGGGGAGGAAGUUCGAUCCACUGCCAUGUGCGAGAGAAGAAGUUGAGAUACUCGGGAGAAUCCUUGGCGCUGAUCCUCUUAUUGGUGAAGAAGCAAGAAAAGAUGAAGUGUUGAGGCGACUUCCCUCUGUUGCCUUGGUGCACUUUGCUGCACAUGGCCGAAUGGAAACAGGCGAAAUUGCCUUGGCGCCACGAAGUACCUGCUCAUCACUGCUCUUUGUUGAGGAGGAUUUUAUUCUAACAAUGAAAGAUGUGCUGGAUGUUCGGAUGCGAGCGAGGCUGGUUGUGUUAAGUUGUUGUCACAGUGGUCGUGGAGAGAUUAAGGCUGAGGGAGUUGUUGGAAUUGCAAGAGCGUUUUUAGGUGCCGGCGCUCGCUCUGUUCUCGUGUCGCUGUGGGCAAUUGAUGACAAGGCUACUCUCGUGUUUAUGAAACAUUUCUAUGAAGAACUGGUUACUGGCAAGCUUGCAAGUGAAGCUCUUAACCAAGCUAUGAAGAGCAUGAAAGAGUCUGAAGAGUUCAGCGAUGUGAAGUACUGGGCACCCUUUGUACUCAUUGGGGAUGACGUCACUCUGGAAUGAAUUUGAAGAUAGGAGUUUGGGAUAUUGUCAGAUGGAGGUAGGCAAAUAUUAAUUGAUAAUAUACUUUGAAUCAAGCCUGCAUCAUAUUUGCAUGAAGAGAAUCAAUCACGCCUAGGUAUAAGUUUCUGCCAUUCAAAUUUUAGUGCUCCGAAAAUGAUCAAAUUCGCGAGCGGCUAACUGCAACGGCUUUUAUGUCUUCAAAGAUGAUUUGCUCUUCGUCACGCAAUCGCAACGUAUGAUAUCCAAUGAGCAGCAAAAUGAUAUUCUGGUUUAAUGGAAGACUUUAACCAAAACUUUUCCAAGGAUGUGUAAUGAUGAACAUGAUGACGUAAUAUCAAUCUCGGAGUGUGUACAAUGUAUAUCAAAAUGAGUGAAAGGAAUAUUAGCUCGUUCCGCGCUGUUGCUACGCAUAGCUCGUAUCGUAAAUGUUGAUUAUUAAGUUCAUCACUCCUUCAAUUUCUGAUACUUCUACAUAUAUCGGUGUGUUAAACAGGUUUCUUACUUCAGGGACGUAUUCAACCUAUGUUAAAAUGAACAGUUUCUAUUUUCCUUUCUGACCCUUUUUAUCCUGUUUGUAGAAAAGACGAGAUCCUUGGUGAUGGUUUUUGGCAACGAUUUGAAACCAACUUCUCCGGCGACAGGAACUUCCUCGGUAUUUUCGGCGAUUUAGCUUGGUUUUAAAGGCUUAAUGUCUCAGUUUUAAAACGUCCUGAUUAUCUCGGCAUGUAGCGAUAUUGUCUGUCAGUAAAAAUACACUAGUUUUUAAAUUAACUCAAUUUUAAUUUCUUAGUGCAUAAUACGAAAGACAACAGUGUGUUGCAGAAUAGUCGGUGAACUAUGGUAGAUUUUGCUUACAAUUGAAUUUUAAAAAACUAAUUUCCGUUUCACUGAUCGCGAUUGAAAUAGUUAAAGUAUUUUAAGAGACUCAAGAAGUAGUGGGCACUUCCUCAGUUAAAAAAUUUUGGCGAAUUUUUUACAUUUGUUUCUGGAAUGAGUAGAAAGUUAAACUUGGAAGAUUUAUUCACAAAGAAUUUAUUUCAAAGGACCAUCUACUUUAUUUGUAGAUUGGGAAGCAGUUUAUUUCGCUAGUAGGUCGUGUUGGUGAUGUUUUUCAAUAUGAAUCUUACGAAUGUUUCAGUUGCAUCGUAAAAUUUAAUUCAAUUUUAAGUUGAGAUUUCCGUUCUUGGUGAAUUGCAGCAUCGAGGUAGUUUCUAUGUAAAUUGAACAUUAAAGUUUGCCGUAUGUUUUUAUAUAACUGUGAAUCUAUGACAAUCAUAUUUGUCUAUAUACUUCAUAUUAACUUCAUUACUGCGAAGAUCGCUUUCAUAUUUACUAUCUUUAAUAUAGUGUUUAGUUUUCGGUUUUUAGAAAAGAGUUUUGAUAUUAUGUCAAGAUCCUUGUGUCUUUUAAAUUUGCUUGAGUUGGAUUUUUCUUUCAUCAAGCCCUCUCUGUAGAGACAGUUUUUGUAGCGAGUUAGGUACAGUGAUUGACUCGGAAAGUUAUUGUAAUCCCUUUGACUUACUUUGUUAUCACGUGAAAAUAAAAACUGAG